UCUUCCUUAGCUCCUUAUAGAUCAGAACUACAAAUUUAUGUGUCUCUUCUGCAUGUAGAGAGAGAGAGAAAGAGGAAGCAGUUUGAGAACCAUUUUGAGAUGACAAGCAGCACUCAAGCUGUGAAACAUUAAUCUAAAUUUACUAAAGACAGCCAAGUGAGGCCAUUCUUGUUAGGUUAUCCACAACUCUUUACACAUCUUCUGGACAUAAGAUAAAGCAAAAGCAUGAAAAGGAACCUGCACAGUCAAAACACUGGAAGAUCAUAUGGAGUUCUGCUGCUGCUCGCAUUUGGUGCUGCCGUAUUUGGAAUUAUGACUCUCCACAAGCUCAGGGACAGGCGCAUCUGCAACCUCUUUGUCAAGGAGAAAGAACGUGAACUCGAUGGCCUUAAACUCCUCUUGCAGAAAGAAAGAGAAAAGGCAAAAGAAACCAGAAGGCAAAUGGAGGACAUGAAAUCCAAUAUAUACUGGCUUGGAAUGCAGAAAACAGAUCUUGACAGUAGGAUAUCAGAGAUGAAGUCAACGAUCUCUUCCCUUAAAGAAGAACAAAGAACAAUUGAAGUUGCUCUUGAGGAAAAGCAGAGUGAGAUUAAGAUGCUUAGGGAAAAACAGAUGGAAACAAAGUCCGAUGAUUCCCAGGUUACACUACUUUCUGAAACUUUGAGACAGAAAGAGGCUGAAAUUGAGGAUUUAAAACACCGUCUUGAAUUUUCACCAACAAAGGUCUUGUCAGUAAGUGCAGAUGACCCAUCAAAUCCAGCAACAAAUUUCACCACCGAGGCUGCUGGAAGAAGAAGCAACAGUCGAAGAAGAAGUGGAGAAUUGCACGAAUCCAUCAAAAUAGAAGACCAGGAAAAUUCAGUAAAAGAGACAGACAGCAAGGCCAAUGAAGCUACCCAUUACAAAAAGAAGGAAGUCACUGGAGAAGGUGAAAACACGGGAAAAACUGGGGAGAGAUUUGACAACGUGAAACGGAAAGCUGCAUACGAGCAGUCUAAGCAGCUGGAAACUUCUCAAAAAGAUGUUCCAAGCAGCAACACCACCAUUUUUCAAACUAAUAAAGGCCAAAUACAAAACACUGACAAUCAUAAGAAUAAGGAAGAAUCUUACCUAGAUGAGAAAACGUACACCAGUGACAAUGCAUCUAAGGAAAAUGAGCAUGAUAGAAAUCAAGUGCAAAAGCAAAACUAUGACGUUGGAACGAACGACAAAGGAGUGACUAAGAUAGAAAUGCAAAAGAAUUCAAACAGCAGAGGAACAUCAAGAGUGAGCAAGGACCACAUGAGAACCACAAGAGGGAAGAGACGGCAAAUAAUUGCUAAGCGCCAAGUAGAUGAAAGUGGCAUGCAUCUUGAAAGUCGUGGAAUUGCAAGCAUGAGAAACAGAAAAUUCUUGAAAGUAAGAAUGGGAACUGAAAGGGUUGCGAGGGUUAGAGGCAGCAUACUGGAAAUAAGGGACCAUCAGAAAGACAAUGACAUGGGCGUGGACAUGAGGAAGAAAUCUGACGAGGAAGAUUACGGGAUAGAAAUGACCAAAAAAAUUCAACAAGGUGAAGAUUCAGCAUUACAAAACAAUAACCAGAUAAGGUCAGAACAAGGAGCAAAUCCAGAUACAGGGAGACACAGAAUGCAAGAUGUUGGCACAAAUCAUGAUGAUAGUUCACCUGGUAAGACACUGCCAAACCCUAACAAUUUUGCAGAUGCAGAGGAAGGGAACCAAGAAGUCAUGAAUCAUGACAUGACUCAGAAGAUUGAGAAAGAGCAGGAAAGAGAAGUCAGCAACAAAGAGACUGAGCUGCUCCAGAGUUCUCAAGAAGAAGGGUCCGCAAAUACACCUCUUUCAAAGAAGAGUAGCAUCUCAGAAGAGGCCAGAAAUAAAAAAGCAGAUGAAGUAGUACAAUCAGAGGAAAUAAUCAGCACCAUCAGAGAAGAUACAGAGCCAAGGCAAGCUCAAAAUCUUUCAAAUUCUUCUGAACAUGUGACAAUUGCUGAAAGGGAUGUCAAAGAAGAUGACAACCAAGAGGUUGACUAUUAUCAGGAACCAAAAGAAGCGGAAGAUCAUUCUGGAGGAUCACAAGAUGCCAGAAAUCAAAAACCAGAUAACACUGCACGAACGGAAGGAGAAACCGACAGAGUCAGAGAAGAUAGAGACCAAAAGCAUGCGCUCAAUCUUCAUUAUCCUUCUAACCAUGUAAAAACUGCUGAAAGGGAUUUAAGAGACGAUUACCUUGAAGUUGAGAAUGAUAAGAACACAGAAGAAGAGGCAGGCAAUACGACAGGCUCUGCUGCCAGCUUGUGAGAGGAGGGAGAAGAUGGGGACCACAACGAUGAGGUCUGAAUUUUAGUCUAACAGCAGUGCAAGAAAGUGUUAUCAUUAUGCUCCAUUUAGAUCACUGAAAGUAUUCAUAACUAAGCUAGCUUAGGGAAAUACUUCCAUUUCUAUCCCCAGAUGUU